GACGCUUUGAUACGACAUCACAGUGCGCCUCUCGCGCUUCCCUCCCUCCCUCUCUCCCACCACCAUGCCUGUGCGGACCAGGGCCAAAGCUUCAAGCCCCGACGUCAAGUUGGCGCCGCUGCCGACCGAGGUGCAGCGUGAGAUUAUGCGCCUUGCAGGAGUCAUCGAGCCGGGGUGUAUGCCCAAGAUGAUGCUCGCUUCGAAGAAAGUGCGAGACUGGUACGUGUCCCCCACCCUCGCCGACACCCCCCACCGAUUCAUCUCGACCCGAGGGUCGAACCUUGGAUCUACCGUGUGCUUCGAAUCGACUCUGUUUCCCCCGAAAGCCUAUUAUUUCAAGAGCUUCUGGAUGGGAAAAAGCGCAACAAGACAACGACAGCCGAGCGCUCGUGGACGCCAUUUCGCGUGCACACCUUACAGAUAGCUUUCAUAGGCCAGAUUCGACCCGACCUCGUCGAGAAGGUCCUGUCGAUCUGCGUCGCGGCGACAGACACCGCGUUCUUCGACCUCCCCUUCUCGCUGAACCCGACCAUCACCCCCCUGCUCGAGUCCCGCCCCCUGCGCCGGCUGACGGUGCAGUUCAAGGACCUGUUCCCAUCGGACCAAUCGCUUCGCGUCGAUUUUACGCAGCCGCUGUUCGCGUCGAUCACGCACAUGAACAUGCUCGACGCGUUCGCGACGGGCUACCAGAACUGCGAACGGAUCGGACGGAUGCCGGCGCUGACGCACAUCGCCUUCCGCGAGCAGGCGGGCUCGAACAACUUCUGCCGCAUCCUCUUGGCCGACUGCCCGCUGCUGCAGAUGCUCGUGAUCAUUUCCUCGGAGGAGUCGCUGUCGAUGUAUUACAAGGACGCGCGGGCCCCGUUCACUGAGGAUAAACGGCUGGUGCAACUGGUGCUGAAAGACCCUGCAGAUGAUUGGGUGCGGGGAACCCUGGGGGAGGAUGACGUCUGGACACGAGCUGCUGCGAUCAUACGUCAAAGAUGAUGAUGCGCGUGGGAUCGAGAUUGGAAUACACCCCCACAAGUACCGACUUACUUACCAUGAUGAGCUAGCGAAGACAUUCGAGAUGAUAUAAGAAUCUGCGCAAGCAGGGCUGCACUGACUUGAGUCGAUCCAAGCACCACGCAUUCACCUCGCGACUUACGGCUGCGUUGAAGGUCAACCUAUGACCCGCACUUUCUUCACGGAUCAGCGCUCGUCUUGUCCGUGAAGAGAGAUCUAGAGAGAUCGGUCAUCGGUCGAUGCAAGUCGAAUAUGUAAGCCUCAUUGGCUGAAGUCUCCGGCCGGGCCGCAGCGAAAGCGCGAGCGCCAGACUCAUAGUCAUGGUCAUGGUGUGCGUCACUCGGCGUGCACCAGUUGUCUCUGGCGCACUUUUUGGGAUUCUUGGACUUGUCUUGAACCUACUCAUGCCCUAUCACUUCACUUGUGCUUCAUCGCUCCUGUGGUCCAACCUAUUACGGGGCAACACUGUAUUGAUCACGCUCUUGAGCGCAAGAGACGGCCCUCGGUUCCUGACUGCAGAUGCAAGGUCUCAGCGGAUCUGCUGCCGUCUUUGCCCGGAUGCUCUUUGAUGUGUCUAGCCUUUCUGUUCAGAGGCUGCGAUGAACGAGCGUUCCGCCAUUCUCCUCAGCUGACUUGAUGUAUCAAGGUUAUCAAGUUGAGUAAGGAAAGGAAUCUCCUAGUUUGCUUGGCUGUUUCAUGCUUCCGUCGGCAUUUUGUCACUUCUCCUCACAACGAACAGAUUCUGCAGUCCAACUACUUGAAUGGUUUGUAAAUCCUCUGGGUCAUCAUGUUUCUAUCAAGAAGAGUCCUCCCAUUUGAAUCGUGCCCACUCUCCUAUCGAUCUCGGUAGGAUGAGGCCCUCGAGCUGACUCCGCGAACCCCGAAUCACUAUCCCAGCGCAUUUCAAAUGCAUGCGCUCCACCUCAAAUCCAAUGGCCAGCGGAACGCCCGUCUGGCUGCCAUCUGACAUGCUGGCUUGGUCAUCCUCAAUCUUCCAUUGAUAUAAGGCCUCCUCCUCCUGUUGGCACAAUCGUUGUAGCAUCCUUGAAUGUCACACUCGACCGCCGCUACUCGCCGUGUUAAUGCUCCUGGGACAUUGCCUGUGAUCACGGAGGAACAGCUCUGGGCAGGCUUAGAGCGCAAGGUCAGGAAUCCCGAGGUGUGUGGCAGGGCAGAUGUGACCGGCAUGUUUGUUUGAGCCGGACUCGACAGGCCUUUCUCCCGAUGAUUACGUCCAGCAAAGUCGUCGUUGACGACGGAGACAGGGUGCGUUCGGCGCUGCAUUACGCGCAUUGUGCUUAUGCUUAGAAACUUCGUGCAGGUGGUCAGAGAGGUGAUAAUCGGCGCCUUGUCCGAGCCUGUCAGAGAAGAGAUCAUAGCAUAUCGCCCAGCGAUCGUGAGCAAUAUGCUCUUUCGUGCCAUGAUUAGCCUCUCACGACGGGCAGAUCUACUUCCGGAUGGCCUCUGGCAUGCGAGUCACCAACAUCGUAUCGUACGGACCUGAGGGCGAACUGCUGCUGACCUUGGCGUUUGCAAACGGAAGUAAGCCUUCGAAACGUCACUCGGCAUAGCCCUCCGCUGACCGGUCGCAUGCAGUCCCAGGCAUUCCCGACGACCAACCGAAACCAAGCAUUGCUGAAUUGGACGGCAUGAUUGGCAGCACAGUGCAGCAUAUCGUAGACGUCAUCCGCGGCAUGGUUAAAGCAGGAUCAUUGUAGCGGCUGGAAUUGACAAUUGAAAUCAAGAUUGUACGCCCUUGAGGCCGAAUCCGACGACCCCCAACGCUUCCGGUGUGAUCCGCAUCCAGACGUCGAGCAGCUCCCACCAGACGCGCUGCUGUGCCUGUUGGCCGUCCAGACUGCUGACCCACAUCGGGGGGCUGGUGAGACCAGUCAGCAAGCAACGAGCAACGCAGCCCGGGAGAGCACGCACUCGCGGAUUUGACAGGCGGCGAGAUAUGCUCCCGGGGGCGUCGGCUUCAGAACGGCGUAGACGAGGUUCGUCGCGCCGUCUUCGGGCGACCAGGCGAGGAGAUUUGUGCAGCUCACGCAUAGGCGGCUCUUCUGUGUCCUCACAAUCCCGGGAUUGGCACAACUGAAGUGAAAAAAAAGAAUCAGCGCAGUGAGACAUCACACGGAGCUGCAUGAGACACACUUGAUGACGACUUUGUGGGCGAUGGGCAACUGUCCCAUCUGGCGCGCGAGCAUAAGAAGCACCAAUUUGGUCAUGCCGUAUCGGUCUAUAUGCGUUGAAGAUUCGUUGAGGGCGUCGAGUAUCCUCGGCGCAUUGUCAGCUCUAAAAGCGACGUAGAACGGGUCUAUGUAAAGAAAUGAGCAUCAGUAAAUAGGCGGGGCAGAAACGACAGUCAGAACGUGCCGGCAGAUCCGAGAAAGGUGAGAUGGGGCGGAAAGUCUGGUGCGUCGGGAUGGGGCAGCCCGAGCUUCCCCGUCUUAUGAAGUAAAGGCAGAAGGAGAAGACCCAGGAGCGCGGUGGAGACGACAUUUAUUUGCAGCCUGGGUCAUGCCAGUCAGCGCUCGCGACCCUAGACUCGGGCAAUACGCACAUACGUUCCCAGCCAUGCUGCGUCGUCCGCCAUUCCCGCGCCACAUCGUACCAGCAGUCUUCCCCGAGUAUGACCCCAUCCAGGCGCAGUAAAGUAGCGCGCGCGCGCUCCGCGAACCGCAGCACACUAUCGUAGUCGGCCAUGUCGAGCGCCCACACGUCGAGCUCGCCCGUGAAGCCGUCCCCCGCCUCCCUCCUUAUCCGUGACGCCAGCCGCUCGUGCGUCUCGGCCUCGGUUGCGGAGGCGGAGGCGAGGCCAGAGGCGGGGUGGCCCAAGACAAUGCGCGCAGGCUUGAGGCGCGCGAGGUGCACGGCGGCAGCGACGACGAGCGGGGACGCGGCACCCGUGAGGAGGUACGUGCGCCCGGUGAGCGGGAUCUGCGGGGUGCGGAGGCCGGCGAAGAGCUGGUCGUGGAUGAGGGAGGCGAAUGUGAAGUGGAGAUUGGUGAGGAAGUGGCUCAUGGGCGGCGGGAUUGACCUGUCUGGGGCCAGGCAACGUCUUGGUUUUGGGGGCCGGGAUCGCUGUUUGUAGGGACAACCGUUGUCUCAGCUAUACGUCCGUGGUCAGAGCGGUUUUGAGUGGGCAGGGUGAAAUUCAGGUUCCAUCACGUGAGACAGACAGCUACCCGGACGGACUUCCGAGGAGCUAUCUUGAGGAGUCGGGACCCAGAGAUGAGCGGGGAGAAAGGUCCAGAACGAGGCUCAGAGUCGAGGAUCGCGCGCAAAGGACGACUUGGAACCGACCAUAAUCUCAAGUUGUAGGACAACUGAGUCAUGUUUAUUCACAUAUGUAAUUGACGAAUACCACCAGAAGCCAUACAUAUCCCGUUUUCAAGGGAUUUAGUCGACCUCAUCUCGUCUUCUGAUCAAUCGGACUUGAGAAACAGCUGCCUUCGGCUGCGUUCGGAUCAGGACCUGGAUCAACGGCAGGAAGUCGGUUUGUGUGACACCCCGCACUGCACCCACACAUGUCAGAGGUCCUUUGUACUUUUCAACAAACGGUUUUGCUUCGUGCUGGCCGCCAUGGCAACAGUGCCUUGUGGUUUCAGACUGCCGACAUAGGAAGAAAGGACAAUGCUGCUGCAGCGUGGUAUCCUCAAGGCGCAUUGUUGAACAUUCCCCUUAUAAGGCGCUCUUGUUUCCUACUCGGUGGAAUCACCCCAGCCAAUUAUGAUCUACGAACGCUACCAAAUGUCUGUCAAAUACGAUGCCCUCUCAGAUUCGGACACGAACUCCCUCUACUCUGACAUCGGAGAGCCUCACGACGAGGUCUGGUAUGAUGUCACGACAAGUGAGCCACUCAUCAGCGCAUCGUGUGCUGCGCUCACGCGUCCCUCUUCCACAGUCAAAGCUCUGCUGAUGCAGAGGGUUGCAGCAUUCAACCGUGCCCGAGCCGUGGGUUCCGAUGAGGAUCCGCAAGAGCCACCGUCACACUCAGACGACGACGACGACGACACCGAACAAGCCAGUUCGUGGUCGGAUCACACCCACGACGAUCCCCGGGAUUUUCUGGGAGGAGAGCCAUCCGAAGAUCGUGUGGGAGUGUGGACGAAAUCGCUCAGAACGAGCCGGAUUGCGUGGUCCUCGGAGAUCCGGAUCGCCAGUCGCAACCCGAACACUGCACGUUCCAGAGAUCCUCCUCUCGAAUCCGAUGAUCUCCAAAGCGCAAGUGACGAUCCGGCCACGGGCCUGAUAGAUGAUGCGGAUAACUUUUUUGACGAUGCACUGUCGAUGGUGAUCGACGUCGACGACCCUGUCAUGGAGGAGACUCACGACGACAGCCUGAGACCCGGACUCGAACGUGCUCGUAGCAUGGUAGUCACAGGACCAAGAAAGGCAGCGGACGACAUGCACAGCGAUGAGGUGACAAGGAAAGAUAUGAAGGGGCCGGGGAAGUUGAGGCGAGCUUUCACUAGGAUGUCGAGGAGACUGAGCAGGGGUCCCACAAAAUUGGGCAUAGAUUUGUAAUCUUACUAUAGUUAUGAUCACCAGGUCACGAGAUCCCGAUACCUUGCGUCGUCGAGAUUGGAAUGUCGAGGAGUAUCGGGAAGUGCAAUGGAUUGCUUCCAGGGCCAACCGAUUGGACUGGACUCAGCGGGGCCUGCCGAGUGGGAUGAUCAGAGACAUCACAACAGCGAUGCGUUCGCUCCAAGCAUUCCUGCUGACCUUAUGUCCAGGCAUCGGGCUCGGAGCGACAAAACUAAGAAUGGCCCGAAACUCGUACGAUUCACGCAAGCAGCAUGCUUAAGUCGGUGCUUCGGCGUUACGGGGUGCGGUGAGAGUUGGCGAUGUCGCAUCUGGCGCUUGCCCCGGAGUAGCAGGCUGAGUCUGAGUCACACGGACUGUGAUUCAGGCACAUGCAGUGUCCGGCGUCGGGCGAAGCUAAACAGGCCGUUGUACUUACACGGUUCUUGCUUGCAUUACUAAGUGUGAAACAUGCAGACACGUUUCUUCCUGCCUUCUGUCCGGGUCCAGGGACCGUUCUUAUAUGCACUGGGUGUCUAACAGAGAGCGUAUGUAUGUCGUGGCGCCUAUCAGGUGCAGGAGACAUGUCAGCGAUCGGGAGGUGCCUGUCGUUGGCCUGCUGUAGCUCGAGAGUCGACACAAGUAAGUAAGUAGGACAUCCGCGCCAAGCCCAAGUAUGCAUUGCACGACACCCAAAUGCUUGGAUCAGGGACGGCCGGCAGAAUCAGUGUUUGAGCAGAUGGCGGUCCACAGAAGAGCGCCCCACAUCAGAGAUUGGUGGUGGUGGCUGUCUGUCGUCCGGACAGAUCGACCGUGUCGAACCUUCAAACGAACAUAUUGUACAUACGGAGCGGUCCUUCAGUUCAGGGCGCAGGUCCAGCCCUCGUUAGUGCCGCUAAUUAGAACUUCGCUACGGGAUGAAACAGAUGAGGGCGUCACGAAUGGUCCGUGACGUGACGCGGAGACCGUUGAUCGUUGAUCGCGUCUCAUCAUGCUCACACGGGGGACAAACGACAGAUCCCUUGUCAGAGACUGAAAUCAAUUUCGUUUGCGACCGGCCGUGAUAUCCCAGCCUCAGGCAUCCUCUUCUCUUCACGCUGCAUGCAGCGAUGAUGGCUUUAGACCCGCCCACGGACGUCCCACGCCUCAGGGACUCCAACUCUCGCUCCAUGAUGGCAACGACGAACAGGAUCACUACUACGGCCGCCGCCGGUGGGACGCCUAUCGCACCCAGUGCGGGUGCAGCUGCUGGUACUGGGGGACGCGCGCCAAGAGGAGGAAGUGGAGAUCCAGGGCGAAGCAGUAGAGCUGGGUCUCGCUCGCGGAGUGGAAUGAUGAUGGUGGACACCACGACCGGCGCACACACCACGACCAGCAUGCACAAUAACAGCCAUCACAAGCCAUCUUCGACGACACCCCCGACCACGGCGAUCUACCCCACCACAACAGUUGGUGGCUGGACUGUGGUGCACCAUGGAACACACGGUCCUGCGCACACGCUCGAACCGUACUACCCCCCGCCCCCUUCCGGCCUCGGCGGCCGUCGCGCGGCGAGUGCAGGCUCUGCGCGCACGCGCUCGCCUGCGGUGCUGCCUAUCAGCGGGAGUGGGAAGGGCACUUCGAUGGCUGCACCGAAAGAUCUGCGGCCGCUGCCUAUGCCGCCGCCCGCAGGCCCGGAUGGUGUUGGAGGGCCAUCUUCUUACGCUAUGCGGCGCACUGGGGCACCAGCGGCUGGAACUGCCUCGAUAUCUUCGUCAAACGGCGGCUCCUCAGGCUUGGGAUAUGCGUAUUCUGGCGGGUCGCCACCACCCCCACCCCCACCGUCGUCUUCCUUCAGAGCACAAAGCGUGGAUCGCGAGACGAGCAGGAGGCGCCCCUCUGUGUCUUCCGUCGUGCCUGUCCCUUCAUCUAGUCUCGCUCUUUCGCCUGCGACAGGUGCCGAACCAUCCAGCGCCGUAUCCCCCGCCAGUGCUGCUAGCUCGCGUCCGCUGCCAUUACCUCCGAAUCCGCAUUCGAAUCCGACAUCAGCAUCGACAUCACGGCCUUCCACGGCGUCUGGCUCCAGCUCGAGGCCGACCACGAUGAGAAUGAAAUCUAACACACUUCCCCAACCGCAACCGGCUGCGUCAGGAUCCCAAUCAUCGAAGCCGGGUUCCAGACCACGGACGCCGGAAAUUGGGGCCAGCUUACGCUCGCCAGCGGCAUCUUACCUAUCAACAACGAGCGCAUCCUCAUCUCCAUUUGACGGCGUGUCGGGUGUUUGGGCGCCUGUUCGUCCCGCAGCGGAUUCUCAUGGGCGUGCUUCUGGUGCAACGCAAACGGACCAUUUCAUCUGGUGCACCGCCUCUGCAUCGGAAAACGAGCGGGGGAACUACCCUGUUUUCGGCCAACAAUGGGAGCUCGAGCAGUCUGCAGCAUCGAUCCAGUGCUUCUGGGCUGAGACAGACGCCGACACUGACCGGGUCGAUGUCCUUAGUCCAGUUGCUCCUGCGCGCCCGUCUCCGACUCACUCGCGCACGCCGUCGGGUCAUGGUGCCUUCCCGCGGCCAAUGGUGCCGCCGAGCCCGGGUCGGACAGCAACCCCUAUUGUUGCACCACCGCCAAGAGGACAUACGCCUAGGGCAUCGUCCCUCUCUGGGCCCAUUAGCAUCAACAUUCCGCCGGUCCCGGUUAGAAAAGGGAGCGAGGGAAGCCGUGUGCCCUUUGUCGCACCAGGGCCCCCGCCACCCCUGGACACGAUCCCGCCGCCGCCCCUACCGCCGAAACCGGCUGGGCUGGUGAUGGGCCGGCGAAACGAGUCGCUGACGCCGUCGUCGACACGGAGCGUGCCGGCGUUUUCGUGGCGCGAGGGUUCGUCGGAUGAGAGCGAGAGCACGACUGCGCUGACGACGCCCGCGAGCGCGUAUCCGAGUCCGCUGUCUGUUGUCGUCUCGGCGCGGCGGCGGCUGCCGAUGGCGCCGAUAUCGCCGACACUAGAAGGCGGGCCGACGACCCCGCCGAUGCAUUCGCAUCCGCUCGGGGACGACAGCGAGGAGCCGAUGCUGGAUAGCGCGUUGGGCAGUGAUGGAGGGAAGAACCACUGGCUUGCGGCGCUCGAGGGCGAAGUGCGGGACAUGGAGAUGGACGGGAUGACGCUCUCGCCGCCUGUGUUUGCGACUGCCCUAGACGAGGAGGAGAGCGACGGGGAUAUUCAGGACCUAGACCUAUAUGACCGGGAUCUGGGCAUCCAGCAGCAGCGCGUGGACCGAGACCGAUCCCCGUCCCCGAUCCGCUAUGCGCGCCGGGCUUCUGUCGAUCUGGACGUCGUGUUUUCGGACUCGAGCGAGGAGGAAGACGAGGAUGAGGUGCCCGACGCAGCGAGCGUGGAGUCGCCGGCGCAUUCGUCCGUUGACGCCCGCAGCGCCGAUGCGCGUAGCACCUUCUCUCGGGCCCAGAGCACGCGUGCUGACCCCGAGCAGCAGAGUAUCGCUGAGAAAAUCAAGAAGAAUAGCAAACCCGGUAGCGUCCACGGUGCGGACUUGCGCAUCAGCCAGAUCCGGGUUUAUCCCAUCAAGGUUAGCUGUGUCGGUGUGGAGCUCAGUGAAGCUGAAUACGACAACGAAGGCUUCGAUCUGGACCGGAAAUGGAUGAUUGUCGACGUCCAGAAGAACAAGCAGCUCUCUGCGCGUGAUAACCGCGGAAUCAAGGCGAGUCUCUGGCGCCGUCUCGUGCGCGUGCUCCCCACCAUUGAGCGUGAUCCGACAUCCCCGACCGGUGGUGUCUUGCGCGUGAGCUUCCCCGACUCGCCCACAACGCCGUCAUUCGCGAUCCCGCUCUACCCCACAGCGGACGAUCUCGGCAGCUGGGAGACGCACUCCGACUUCGAUCUCUGGGGCCACGCCGGCGAGGGCUACAUCGUCCAGCACGCGGCGGCCAGCGAUGCGACACCCAGCGACACGCCCUCCGAGAUCCUGUCGGCGUACAUCGGACGCCCGGUGCUGCUCGUGAUGAACACGCCCGCGCCCCGGCCGCUGCCCGACCCGCUCGUAUUCGACGCGGGCCGGUUGGAAUAUGGGAGCGUCGCGACGGUCCGGUACCCGGACUGCACGCCGUUUCUGCUCGUCUCGGAAGCGUCGCUCGCGGACGCGCAGGCCAAGGUGCACGAAAUGGCCCGGGGGCUGAGCGAGAGUGAGGCGGCGGGCGCAGGGUGCGUGGCGCCGAGUCCGAAUCAGAUCGAGGCUGGCUGGGCCGAUGCAGACGAGCCGAAGCCGCUGUGUGCGGUGGAACGAUUCCGCCCGAAUGUCGUCGUGAGCGGGGUCGUCGAUGCGUUUGGAGAGGACGAUUGGAUCGAGAUCGCCGCUGGGGGUGGGGUCUUUUUCCUUCCGGCGCGGUGUCCGAGAUGCAUGUUCCCGAACGUCGACCCGGAGACCGCCGAGCGCGACAGACACAUGCCGAACAAUGCAAUGAUGGCAUAUCGCAAGGUCGACAUCAUGGCCCCGACGAAAUACUGCUUGGGAAUGUAUAUGCUUCCAGUGGCAGCCAAGGGAAAACUUCGCGUUGGAGAUCAACUUGUCGUCGUGAAGAGUGCAGUCAAUCCAAGUCUAAUGGAUUGAUGGCCGCUGCGGAUUUCGUCGGCAAAGCGUUCGCCAAUUUGUCCAUUCAGAGGUCGCAUUGCCAAUGAAUCAUGAUUAAAAUUGAACAAUUAAAUAGUCAAGGAUAUACUGAAACGCCUGCCAAGAUCAGUUCGAAUGUCCCCAAGAACUAGAUGCAGACGCCGUCAUGUGACUGGACGGAAACGCGUUCCCGGGGAGCCGACCCUGCUGCUGAGUAGUCGUUUGGGAAGGGCGUUGGAGAUGGCAGCGUUUAAGGCAUUCAUCUGUGGCGAUGGCGACACUGUCUGGGAUCUGCAACGGAAGCCAUCUUCAGUCGGUUACCAACAAGAAAAGGAGUUGCUGCGACGACGUCUGGGGAUAGACCGAACACUGGUCGCGCAAAGAUGUUUCAAUGAAUGACCAGAGCAUGGAAGAGCAGAUUACAUACGCCGCUGAGCAACCUGCAACGCUCCGGGAUCCUCGCUAUUGAGCCCAGAGACAAAGAAGGCAGGCUCUGCCCAUAACCCGUAAGUCGCGGAGACUAGAAAAAAUAUUCUCCUGCACUCACCGCAUCCGUCGUUGACCUGGAAGUGCACCGAUCCCUGGGGAAACACGGUCAUGCUCCCGGGCGGAAUCUCAUUCAGCACGAAUCGCGCGCCGUUCUCCGUGAUCAUGCCGGAGCGGAUCGUCUGGUUGACGCUAAACAGCACCUCCGCCGCGCGCGGGUGCGUGUGCGGCGUGUUCAUCGAGCAUGCGUCCAGAAUCCCAACCGCUGCAGACACGUACUUGUGAGCGGCGGUGUGAUCGACGAUGUUGGGGAUCAGAGCGCACCCAUGGCCGCGCCGUUGCCGACGACAGCGGGGAAGCUCGCGCUGUUCGCGAGCACGACUUCCCCGCCCGCUCCCUUGGCUGCUUUUAGACUGGGAUCAAAAAAGUCGAAUACAAACUGAGCAGUGUGUGCAACACGGUCUACAGCAGUCGCCGCGAUUUUCAGAGAGCUGAUCAGCUCUGGUCCAGACGGCGAAGGAGAGGCCAGGAUGGCGCUGACAGCAGAGAGAAUGAUAGCAGAGAGAAUGAGAGACGCAGAGAACAUCGUGUAUGGGGACGGGGAAGAAGAUGAAUGUGUUGGGUGUGGAACUCGAGACGUGCGUUAAAUACCCUUGCAUUCAAUCUGGUGAAACGAGCGGUGAAUGGUCCGUUUGUGGCAAAACAGCGGCGCCCGUUGCCGAUCUGGCGGUGCACUCCUAUCGAUCAAAACGGGUGCUCAUGGGCGGUCCGUUAGUCCAGUCCGGUCUUCUCGGUCAGCGGCUGUGUGGGCCGCCUUUCAUGCAUUCAAUUUGGUUUCAAUUUUACUGGGGCGUCCCAAUCAGUAGGUGCUAGAUUCUACUCAGAUUUGAUUCCUGUAGACUCCUGUUCAACCAGCAUGCAAGACGCCGUGAUAUAGUCUCACGGUUCAAUCUUGAUCACGUGG